CGCAAUUCUGUCCUCGAAAUUUGCAAUAUUUUUUUUGUAAUCCAACGCUUGCCUGGUGGAGGAUUGCUCGAUAAGCAGCGGGAACGGACUCCCUCCGUCGUCCUUCUCCUUCUCGCUCUUCCUCUUUUAUACAAUCCUGCUCCUUAGCUCUUAUCGCACUUCCUCAGCCUAUCAAUCCAUCCACACACACAAUGGCCCCCGUCGCUGUCGAAUCUUCAUCUCUUCCUCCAGCAAACUCGCUGUCGAAGGACACAAAGAUCUCUCUCACACCCGAGCAUCUGAAGUUCAUCAACUCGCAACUCCAGCACCUUGAGCCCGAGCAAAUCAUCCAAUGGGCAAUCCUCACGUUUCCCAACCUCUACCAGUCAACAGCCUUCGGCCUCACUGGUCUCGUCACUCUUGACAUGAUCUCCCGCAUGCGCCCCGAGUACGCGAAGCAGCAUCCUAUCGAGCUCAUUUUCGUCGACACCCUUCACCAUUUUAAGGAAACCCUCGCGUUGAUCGACAGACUCAAGGCUCGCUACCCGUCCGCGAAGCUGCACAUCUACAAGCCAGAAAACUGCGAGACUACCGAGGACUUUGUCAAGAAUUAUGGUGACAGACUCUGGGAAACUGACGAGUCUUCCUAUGACUUUUUGGUUAAGGUCGAGCCUAUCCAGCGCGCCUACGACGAACUCAACGUUCGCGCCACUUUGACUGGCCGCCGUCGUUCACAGGGCGGCAAGCGGGGAGACCUUGACAUCGUCGAAGUCGAGGAGUUCACCGGUCUCGUCAAAAUCAACCCUCUUGCAAACUGGACCUUCAAGGAUGUCCACAACUACAUCAAGGAGCACGACGUGCCAUACAACGAGCUUCUCGACCGGGGAUACCGAAGUGUCGGUGACUGGCAUUCUACCCAGCCGGUCAAGGAGGGCGAGGACGAGCGUGCUGGACGAUGGGCAGGAAAGGCAAAGACCGAGUGUGGCAUUCAUGAGACCUCGAAGUUUGCAAAGUACUUGAGCGCAAAGAAGCAGAGUCAACCCGCAGAGGUUGCAGUCUGAAAGUCUCAUUGUUGUUCAUGUGCAGUCUUUCAUUUAUACCUAAUCGUCAUAUUUCCCUUUUUGUUUUUAUUUGUCAUGGAGCUGGGUUGGGUUAAUGUCUUGAAAUGUUUAUAAUAAUGCUUUUUCCUGUGGUCAAUUGGUUGUUUAGCAUGUGCAGUAUUGGUCAUUCUGUUUAGAUCUAAAAUUUGGGUGAUUUGCGGGGGAAAAUACAAUCAAUCAUACUAAAAUCUGGCCGAAAGACGAUUUCCAUGAGAACAGCGGUUGCGUAUGAAAUAGUAGUCCGGUAGUUCCUGCCGAUGAUGCCAAGUUUCCAGGGAG